AUGCGCGAGACGCUCGCCGACGUCGCGCGUCCUCGCGCGUGGCGCGCACGCGCGCGCGUCCAACGCGCGCAUCACCGUCCUCGCGCAGCCGUCGCGCGCGUCGCCGUCCUCGACGACGUCGCCGCCUACGCCUUGGUGACAAAGUCGGCUGAUGAUUUACUCGACGACGUCCGACGCCUCAACCGGGACGCGUCGUCGUCGUCGCCGCGAACGACGAAUGCAAACGUCGUGACGUACUCGCCCAAGGUGUUCGUUCCGCUCACGCGCGCGUGUCGGGACUCGUGCGGAUACUGCGCGUUCGUCGACUACGAACCGAGCGCGGCUGGAAAGCGCGUGUACAUGACGCUCGAGGAAAUCGUCGACGUGGCGCGACGAGGCGCGGCGGCGGGGGCGACGGAGUGUUUGUUGACGUUUGGUGAUCGACCCGAGGCGACGCGGGAGGAUGCGCGAGAGGGAUUGAGGGAGUUGGGAUGCGCGAGCACGGCGGAGUACGCGGCAAAGGCGUGCGAGGCGGUGUUGCGAGAGACGGGGUUGUUGCCGCACGUAAACGCGGGUGUGUUGACGAGAGACGAGUUGAGGAUGCUACGACGCGUGAGCGCGUCGCAAGGGUUGAUGUUGGAGACGACGAGCGAGCGGUUAUUGGGGCCGGGAAUGGCGCACGACGGGUGUGAGACAAAGCGACCGAAGACGCGCCUGCGGUGCAUCGAGCUCGCGGGAGAGGAGCGCAUCCCGUUCACGUCUGGAUUAUUGAUUGGGAUCGGCGAGACUCGCGAAGAGCGUAUCGAUGCACUUCUGGCGCUUCGCGAUGUACAUGCCAAGCACGGACACAUUCAAGAGCUCAUCAUACAGAAUUUCUUAUCGAAACCCGGCACCGCGAUGGCUGAUUUUCCAAAUCCUCCGCUGGAAGAGUUGACGUGGACGGUGAGCGCAGCUCGCCUAAUUUUUGGCGCAGACAUGAUUAUACAGGCGCCACCGAAUCUUACACCAGGCGAAGAGGCUGGCUGGCGCGCCCUUUUGCGCGCCGGUGCGAAUGAUUGGGGAGGAAUCUCGCCGGGCGUCACGCCGGACCACGUCAACGCCGAGGCGCCAUGGCCGCACAUAGAAGAGCUCGCCACCGUGUGCGCCGAUGAAGGUUUCGCGCUCGUCCCGAGACUGCCAGUGCACCCUAAGUACUUGAGGGUAGACGAUGAUCGAGUGAGCGUCGGGGGAUCCGCAGUUUGGCUUGACGACAAAGUUUCGCCGUAUCUUCGCAAACUCGCCGACAGCGAGUUUCUCGUUCGCGGUACGACAUGGUCGCCAGGACGUCCGGAUGAUGAAAAGAAAGAGUUUGUGGAUAUCGUCGGCGUGAAUGGCUCUGUUCCUUGUCGUGGUACCAAGAGGCGUAUAUCGAGCGAAGUUCUGGCCGCCAUAGCCGCCAUAGUGGACGGAAACUAUGAGUUGGACGACAUCGUGACGUGCUUACAAGCGAGAGGCGCCGAUUUCGACAAGGUGUGCGAGGCCGCGAAUACUUUGCGAGAGCAGCAGUGUGGUGAUACCGUUACGUUUGUGAACAAUAGAAACAUUAACUAUACGAAUAUCUGCACGUUGGCGUGCACGUUUUGUUCGUUUUCCAAGGGAAAGGCUGCAGAAGAACUUCGCGGUUCGCCGUACCUGCUCGACUUGGACGAAGUCGCAAGGCGAACGGCCGAGGCUUGGGAGCGUGGUGCGAGCGAAGUCUGCAUGCAAGGCGGCAUUCAUCCCUCGUUCACAGGCGAAGAUUAUAUGGCUUUUAUCGGAGCUGCGAAACGAGGGGCACCGGACAUACACAUUCACGCCUUUUCACCGCUCGAAAUCGCUCACGGAGCGCAGACUCUCGGUCUGAGCGCUCGCGAAUACUUGCGUAAACUCAAGGAUGCAGGGCUGGGAUCGCUCCCAGGUACUGCUGCCGAGGUUUUGGACGACCAAGUUCGCGAAACACUCUGUCCAGAUAAACUCACCGCGAAAGAAUGGCUCGAUGUCGUCGAAGACGCUCACUUUGUGGGCGUGCCAACGACGAGCACCAUCAUGUUCGGUCACAUUGACGCCGACGGCCCGCGCGCGUGGGCGCGACAUCUCGUCUCCAUUCGCGAUUUGCAUCUCAAGACGGGUGGAUUCACGGAGUUCGUACCACUACCUUUCGUGCAUUUCGAGGCGCCGACGUAUCGUUUCGGCGCGUCUCGGAAAGGUCCAACGCUGCGCGAGUGCAUCCUGAUGCACGCCGUCGCGCGUCUCGUGCUGGGACCGGCGGGAAUCACGAACAUUCAGGCGAGCUGGGUAAAAAUGGGUCCCGAGCUCGCCUCACUUCUCCUGCACGCUGGAUGCAACGAUAUGGGCGGUACACUCAUGAAUGAAUCCAUCACUCGCGCCGCUGGUGCGACGUUUGGGCAAGAAAUCGACGCGCGCGAAAUGCGUCGAAUCAUCGAAGCCGCCGGCCGCGUUCCGCUUCAACGCACCACCUUGUACGCUCACGCACCCCAACAUCGCGUCGAGCACCCAUCGAUCGCGUAGGACGCGAUCGUCGUAGAUUGUAUGUAGAGUCACUA